AUGCGCACCGCCCAGCUCUUCCAGCUGGUCACCCUCGUGGCUGGCUCGCUGGCCGCCUGCAGGCCGCGCGGCCUUGAUCUGACCGCCCUCAAGGCCAAGCUGUCGGCCGAUGCUGAGAUCAUCUCGCCCAGCGACAGCUCGUUCAACGAGACGGCGCUGCGCUGGUCGACGCUGGACGCACCCACGCCCAACGUGAUCGUGGUGCCGGCCGUCGAGGAGGACGUGGUCCAGACGGUUCUGUUUGCCAACGCCAACAGCGUGCCCUUUCUCGCCACCAACGGUGCUCAUGGUGCCCUCACCACGCUCGGCCGCAUGACCACCGGCAUCGAGAUCUACCUGGAGAAGCUGGCUAGCAUCAAGAUCGCCAGCGACGGCAGCUCCGUCACCGUCGGCGGCGGCGUGCGUUCCAAAAACGUCACCGACGCUCUCUGGGCUGCCAACAAGCAGACCGUCACCGGCACCUGCGAGUGUGUCGGCUAUCUCGGCCCAGCUCUCGGUGGCGGCCACGGCUGGCUGCAGGGCCAUCACGGCCUCGUCUCUGACCAGUUCCUGUCUGUCAACCUCGUGCUCGCAAACGGCACCCUCAUCACCGUCACCGCCUCCUCCAACCCGGACCUCUUCUGGGCCCUUCAGGGCGCCGGCCACAAUUUUGGCAUCGUCACCUCCGUCACCUCGCGCAUCUAUGAUAUCGUCCACCCCAACUACGCCCUCCAGACCAUCAUCUUCAGCGGCGCCGAGGUCGAGCAGGUCUAUGCCCUCGCCAACAAGCUCUGGCUGCCUGGUGGUGUAAGCAACCAACCGGCCACCUUCCACCAGUGGUCCUACUGGUUCUACGAGUCCGAGAUCGAUGCUUCCGCCGCUGUCAUCGCCCUCUACCUCAUCGAGGAGGGCGUCGAUGCCGUCAACGCUACCGUGGUCGCCGCCUUUGAGGCUAUUGGCCCCAUCAUCUCCACGCCUUCCAAUGGUACCUACCUCGAUCUGGCUUCUUGGACCGGCAUCGACCUGGACUCCACCCCCUGCCAGAAGACCGGCAAGGCCAACCCGCGCUUCCCCAUCUACCUGACCCAGUUCAACACCACUGCUGUUCGCCAGGCCUACGACCUCUUCAGCAAUGCCACCAGCGCUGCUGACUCGCCCUACACCGGCUCCCUCUUCAUGUUCGAGGGCUACGCCCAGGAGGGUGUCAAGAGUGUUGGCGACUCUGCCACUGCCUUUGCUUACCGCAGCGACAACAUUCUCGGCGCUCCCAUGAUCAACUACGCCGACACCGGCAGCGCCAUUGAGGAACGCUCCUACAACCUCGGCACCCAGAUUCGUGAUGCUCUCUGGGCCGGUGCCAACGGCGGCGUCGUCGGUGAGACCGGCACCCUCCACACCUACGUCAACUAUGCCUACGGUGACGAGACUGCCGACUCCUGGUACGGCGAUGUCGCCUGGCGCCAGAACAAGUUGCAGUCCCUCAAGAAGACCUACGACCCCAACGGCCGCUUCAGCUUCUAUGCUCCCAUUGCUUAG